AUGAUCGAGCUGGAAUGCCUGGCCGCGGCUUGGGCAAUGCGCAAAUGCCGCCAGUUUCUCGAAGGCCUGCUCACCUUCCAGCUCGUUACCAAUCAUCGCCCUUUAAUUCCGAUCCUCAACGAUUAUCACCUGGAUAAGCUGGAUAAUCCCAGAAUUUUACGUCUUCGCCUUUCCAUGCAGCGGCACUCCUUCGUCGCUGUUUGGGUGCCGGGGAAGAACAAUGUGAUGGCUGAUACCCUGUCGCGCUCCCCGGUUGAUCAUCCUUCCGCUUCCGACGUGAUCGCGGAGGGCCCGCAGUCGUUUUCAGCCCACAUCAGUUUAUUGGACACAAUGGAGGGAUCCAACGACGCCAAUCCUGAUAUUUUGCUGUCCUCCGUUGCAGCGGCUACCUCGGCUGAUCCGGUUAUGAUGUACCUCCGCCAAACAGUCCUUGAGGGAUUCCCGAACGAGAAGUGUAAUCUUCCCCUUGAGUUUCGUCCAUUCUGGCAGGGGCGGAGCCAGCUGUCCAUCGACAACGCGGAGGGUCUCAUCCUGGUCGGGCCCCGAGUAGUCAUUCCGACUUCCUUGCGUCAGGAGAUCAUCAGGCGCUUACUUCAAAUGCACCAAGGAGCCACUAAACUCCGUCAGCGCGCCCGUCUCUCCGUCUACUGGCCCUCAAUGGAAAACGAUAUCGUCGUGGCCGCGAAGUCCUGCCCAUCUUGCACAGAGCGUCUCCCAUCUCAUCCGGCGGAGCCUCUUCUUCCCCAUGCUCCGGCUUCCAGACCGUUCUACAGUUGGCCUCCAGUCUUCCCGUUUCCAGACACCAACACGUCAGCGCGACGGUUCAUCGACGCCCUCCGUUCAUUUUUCACGUGCGGAGCGGGAGCCCCGGUAAGACUGUGGUCGGAUGGAGGCCCGCAGUUCAAGUCCGACGAAUUUCUUGCGUUCCUUCGCGACUGGGAUAUUAGUAACGGCUGUUCAUCGCCCCACCAUCCCCAGUCCAAUGGCUACGCGGAAUCAGCCGUCACAUCGUUGAAGAAGCUCAUCGCGGGCUCUUGGUCGUUGGGGUCGUUCGACCCGGACAAGUUUGGCAAGACUUUGCUCCUCUUCCGCAACGCGCCUAUGUCGGGUGGGGCUUCACCACCACAAAUUGUUUUCAGCCGUCCGACGCGCGAUUUCCUCCCCGCGCAAAGGCGUUCAUUCGCGCCGGAAUGGCAGCAAGCCGCGGAGUUAUUGGAGAAGCGUGCGCAACCUGCAAAGAACUUCAACCGUUCCGCGCACCCCCUUCCUCCCCUGGUGAUUGGCGACAGUGUGAUCAUCCAAGACCAUAAAACAAAACGUUGGUCCACUCCUGGGAUCAUCGUCGAGGUGUGGCCAUUCCGGAAUUACCUCGUAAAAACGCCAGCUGGUCGGUUGUUCCGCCGCAAUCGGCGUUUUCUUCGUGUCUUCUCCCCCCCGGAUUCCGCAGCCGCAACCUCCAGCGAGCGCUUCAACUACGACUAA